CACGCAUUCUCCCCUCUCAGCUUAUCAAUAACACCACAAAUUCGAGGGAAAGCGUUAGACGGCUUUGUUCUAUCACUGCUGGUCGUCAUCUCCUUUGUGAUACAAUCCCUGACAAUGCAUCCCGACGGCCGAAAACGCCGGGUCACUACGUGUAUUCCUUGCCAUACGCGGAAACAAAAGUGCAACCGCCAGUAUCCAUGCAAUCAUUGCACAAAACGUCGAAGACCGGAAGAAUGUCUCUAUAGUUCUCCUCCGGUAGGGCGACCAUCCUCGCGGACUCAGCCCCUUGGGGCCGAGGCGCAGGGACAAGCGCUCGGGACGGCGCGGCCGCCCAGAGAUAAAGCCGGGGUCCACGAGCCCGGUGGACCGUGCUCUAUCGUUCUGGACGCAGCCAAAAAGGGUUCGUCCAGCCCACGCUCAGCCCUCGCCCAAUCAUUUGGUUACUUUGAAGAUAGCACUAGCAACACCAUGGCGUUGCUCCGGAGGUGGAACGUGGAUGGUAAUGGUGACAGCCAUGGCAGCGAGACCGAUGCAUCGGCCUGCCUCUUUCAAAGCAUCAAGCGCGAUCUCAGUCGGAUGCCCCAUCGCCAAGUGCUUGACUUCCUCGUGCAGUAUUUUGUGUCUGAGCUAAAUUGGUAUGAGCAUUUCCGAGCUGUCAAGAGUCUGAGCGAGAAUCCGCUAAUCGAGCCUGUCAUCAGGAUGAAACAGGUCAUCCACGCUCCCAGCUUCCUAGCGCGGUAUCAGCAAUGGUGGACCAAAGGCCAACCGUUUACAGUUGCCGAUGCCGAGUUUGCCGUGCUGAUUCUCCGCGUCGGCUCGUAUGCCGCGCAGUUUCUCCCUGCCCCUUCCCAUACAGUGGACCGUAUCGGCGGGCUUUCCCUCGUGGACAUCAGCAACACCUGCAGCGAGGUGGGGGCCAGUCUCGCUCAAGCUUGCCUAUCCCUUGAUUGGAAGGGAUCGCUAGUACGCGUUCAACACACUCUAUUCCUCGCCCUCAAAUUCUCGUGCGAGGGCCGAACCGACCGAUUCUGGGAGGGCAUUGCCUCAUCCAGUCGCGCGGCCCAAAAAGCGGGCAUUCACACCGACGCCCUUCUUCCUGGGGCAGAUGGCGGGCAGAACUUGGAAAGCGAGAUAGAGCGGAGGACACUCUGUAGUCUCUACGUCCUGGACAGCCAUCUAUCUCGACAGUUGGAUCGGGUCCCGUUUCUCCCCGAUGAUCUGGUGGCAGAAGCCCUUCCCCAGCUGCGUCUGGUGCCAGACAUCGGCACCGACGCCAGCGCACCGGAGGUCUUCACCGAGCGCCUUAUGCAAGUGCAGUUAGGUCGAUUUUGGCGCAGCUUCGGACCACGACGCAGUGUCGAGUACGACCCCAUGCAGGGCGAACAACGAUAUGAGAAAUUCUGUGCCGAAUACCUACCGACGGUAUCCCCCGCAUUUGGACUGGAGCCGGACACCCAGUGGGACGCGCGUUUGCCCAAGCUACCGAUGCAGCGACAGCUACUCCACAUUGCCAUCUUCGAUUCCAUCUGUUGGAACUUCCGCCCGCUAAUGCUGCUCAAGCCCGCCCAGACCGCCCGCCUCGCACCGUACAAACAGGUGUUGCUGCAGUCGCAGAAGAGGCGGCUGGCCCUGGCAGCCCUCGCGGAGCUGGACGCUGUCACGACACUGCACGCCAUGUUUGGCGGCUCCCAUACGCGCUUUGCCGCCAUCAUCUUUAACACAUUUGAGGCCGCCGUGCUCCUGCUCGGUCUCUGCAGCCACGCGAACUUCCCCUUUGACCAAGGCGAUGAUAAUAACGUGGUUCUAGGUGUGAAGGCUGGACGGUUGACGCGCGGCAAGGCACUCCAAGCGGCGGAGCAGGCACUCUGUCGAUUGCAGAUGCUCGCCGAGGUCAGCGAGAUGGCUGCAUCUGGAGCACGUGUCGUGACUCAGCUCCUCAUCAAGGCCACACAAGAACGGACGCCCGAGCCGGCGACACCGAUAGGUUCCAGCGGAAGCUCGGAUUGGCCGGACCCGUUGCUUAACCUGCUGGGGCUGGACGGCGACGACGCCAGACACUGGGCGUCCGCAGAGCAUGCAAAUCCUGGUUUGUUGUCAAAUUCAAUUCCCACAAUUUCGCAAAUCGAUUCGUAUUCGGUAUUUCAGGGGUCGCAGUCGGGCUUUGCGGCGCCCUGGGCCGUUGGUGAUCCAUUUUAGCCUUCCGUGAUAUGUGGUUAUGGACGGAAGUAUUAUUCUCUUUCUGCAUUCGCUCUCGUGGUUUUCAUUC